UUGUUACUGGUCAGAAGGUGUUUAGUGAUUAACCCUUCCGGUUUAACCAGGCGACCAACAGCAGGGCGAAGUGCGGAGACUUUAUUGAGCAGAAUUUCUGCUGUAUUUGCAGAUUUUUGUUGCCAAUGAGAAUUUGUUCCAUUUCGACAUCAGGACCCUCUUAGACCACUGGAGAUACCGAAGAGCUUCUGAGAGAGACACAUGGAUGCGUUCGAGGGAAUUCACAGUGUCCAGAUUUCCUCCUCUCCAACGUCUCCAACUUCUUCGAGCCCGGGGUACGAGGUCCUCAAGUCGGGGAGAUCUGGAAUAGCAGUGUACUCCUCCGCAGUCUUCUUUGGGACGCCCAAUGUGCCUGCAGUCAGACACAAGACCAGGAAGGUGACUGAGGACGAAGGAUGUGUUGUUGGACGGUUGGUAGAUCUGGAUCCAGACCCGGAGUCCAGACUGGAGGGAGGAGGCCCGGCCGGGCCGACCUCAGGCAGAGGCCAUGGCUCGCUCGCCCGGCUCCGCAGCUCGUCGCUGGAGAUCAGAGAAAAAGAAAUACGAGAAAAGGGGUCAGAGAUCCUCAGGGAGCAGCUGGACGCUGCAAAGAAGGAACUGAAACUAAAAGACAAGGAGUGCGAGCGUCUGUCGCAAGUCAGGAACCAGCUGGAGCAAGAGCUGGAGGAGCUGACUGCGAGUCUGUUUGAGGAAGCUCACAAGAUGGUGCGGGAAGCAAAUGUGAAACAAGCCACAGCAGAGAAACAGCUGAAGGAGGCGCAGGGAAAGAUUGACGUUCUGCAAGCGGAGGUGACGGCGCUCAAGACCCUGGUGUUGACGUCCACACCUUCUUCGCCGAACCGCCAGCUGCACCCACAGCUGCAGUCGUCGGCCACCAGGGGGGCGUACAAGCGCGUCGGGGGCCACAUCCGCAACAAGAGCGCCAGCGGCGCCUUCCCGCCGUCGGAAAAAAACGACCCCUCCGCUUCUGUUCAGCCGGCGGCGAAAGAGGACCGAGAGCCUGCUACUCUCCUCUCUCUGAUUCUCUGCCUGGUUCCUGGCCACUUUGUCAAUUUGAACUAUGACCCUCGCUGGCAGGAGCAGGGUGAGAGUCUAGACUCUGACGGCAGACAGAUGGACUCCGUUCUGUACGCCGAGUUCCUGAUGUGGAAGGAGCAUCCCUGUCUGGACCGUUCCUCCGCCUUCCUGAGCCGUAUCUACAGAGAAGACAUCGGACCCUGCCUUUCGUUCACAAGAUCGGAGCUGUCCCAGCUGAUACAGAGCGCCGUGGAAAACAACUCCCUGACUAUCGAGCCUGUGGCCAUGUCAGCGUUACCGAUGGUUAAGGCCUCGGCUAUAGAGUGUGGAGGUCCUAAUGGCUUUAGAGCUGCAGUAGAGACAAAAUGUGCAUUAAGUGGCCUGUCGCGGCUCUGCCGACAUCGCAUUAAGCUCGGCGACAAGGGGAGCUACUAUUACAUCUCUCCUUCGAGCAGAGCGCGGAUCACAGCCGUCUGCAACUUUUUCACUUACAUCCGGUACAUCCAGCAGGGCCUGGUGAGGCAUGAUGCGGAGCAGAUGUUCUGGGAGGUGAUGCGUCUUCGCAGAGAGAUGACUGUGGCCAAGUUGGGCUUCUACCUCACUGACCAGGGUUAGAGGACAGACCACUGAAACACCGAGCAGGACCUCCAUUACUCAGAGCAGUCUUAGAGCAGUUGUUGAUCGGCUUUAGUUCUGCAGCAGAGAUCAACCAACAAGGGAAGAAGAAAAUGCUCAUGUGCCACUUUUGGAUAUGCAAUAAGUCAAAGAAAAAAAAAACAAACAAACACAAGCCAACGCUGCGGAGAAGACAUCAAAUGACAUGAUGUUAAUGUUAUUCCCAGACAUGUCAGAUCUAUUGUACUGUUGUACCACAUGACAGGAAACUAACUACUGUCCUCCACUAAUAGUCUCCAGUAAUCUGGAGAAUAUUUUUUAAUACCAUUACUCUAAAUCUCCCCGGUGGAGAAAUCACAGCUUCUCAUGUUGAUGUUUCAUUGAUGUGUUGAUGAUGAUCACAACACAAAACGGAAACAGUCCAGAGAGUUUAGUCUCUUACCUCAGAGUAUUACAGCCACGUCAUGUAAUACUUCAACUGUUUCCACGGAGCAAUGAUUGGGACUGGUGUCUUUGUUUUUACAUGAACACAGUGCUUACUAGCAUCUCUUAGCUGCUUUUAGCUCAAAAACACCACAGACAAAUCUUUGUGCACGGCUUUUAUUUUGUUGAUCCACUCUCGCACUUCCUGGUCUGGAUGUUGCAAUAAAAAAAGCUUCACAUUAGGCCUGAACGUAAUAAUCAGAUGUAUCGUUAAUAAUUUAUUAUCACGCCAACACACUCAAUAGAGGGAGAUUUACAACACAGAAAAGAAGAAAACAAGCUUUAAUAUGAGUGAUUGUCAUAUGUUUCAGCUAUAGUUUUGCACGUAAACAGUAUGUACAUACAGUAAAAGCCAUAAGUGACUUUGCAUGAAUGCAGACCAUAGCCAUAUUACACAGUGUAUACUGGUUGUACCUCAUAGUAUAGAUGAAUUAUUAUUCAUGGCCUUUUUUUUCCAGAAAAGUCCUGUGAAGGUAAAAAUGAAGAAUAUUGUAUCAGAAAGUGCAAUAACUGCUUGUUAGCCUCAUUAAGGGCUUAGAGGUUCCUUGACCUCAGUUUACUGAUAAUCAAAUGUAUAAACACUCCCAUUAAACACACAGCAUUAUAUCCUG